AUGGCCAGCCCAAGCUUCUACGACAUCCUUGACCGAAUCAAACCCGACUUGCUCAUCUACGAUGUCUUCCAGCCCUGGGCGGCGGAGGCCGCCGCAUCGCGGAAAAUCCCCACCGUCUGCUACGGCAUCACCGGGGCAGCCUCCAUGGCCUUUGCUCACUACUUGCUACGUCACCGGACAACCAGUGGCUUCCCUUUUCCGGAGAUCUGCAUGAGGCCAGACGAGCUCAAGAAUCUGAGGAAAAACUACGAGAACGUCAACCUGGACCAAAGAAUCGCCAUCCUAAGGGCCAUGGAGCUGUCCACUAAAAUCUGUUUGAUCAACACUAGCAGGGAAAUCGAGGGGAAGUACAUCGACUACAUCUCUGAGAAGCUCGGCAACACCGCAGUGCCCAUUGGCUCACUCAUCCGAGUGCAGGAAAAGAAGGGCGGCAAGGAGGAGGAUGUAGAGAUGAUGAAAUGGCUAGACGGAAAACAAAAACACUCAACGCUAUACCUUUCAUUUGGGAGCGAGUACUACUUGAGUAGGGAGGAGAUUCAAGAAAUAGCUAAAGGACUAGAGCUUAUUAGCAGCGCCAAUUUUAUAUGGGUAAUUAGGUUUUCGGCGGGGGAGGAGACUCCCCUAGAGGAGGCACUGCCAAAUGGGUUUUUGGAGAGAGUGAAGGGGAGAGGGAUAAUAGUGGAAAUUACGUGA